AUUUACUCUAUAAUUUAUUAAUGGACAAAAAAGAAUAAAAAUGAAGAAUUCUUUUGGGUAGAAAAAGGAGGGGUUUACUUACUCGCACUUGGCCGCAUUGUUCCUGGAGCAGAAGCUACACCCGAUCACCGUUGACCUAAAAUUUCCGGCCAAUUUCAAGUUCCAGUAUGAUUAAUGAUCAAGACCUGGGAUUCUUUGCCAACUUCCUUGGCAUCUUUGUGUUUGCGCUGGUGAUUGCAUAUCAUUACGUGAUGGCUGACCCAAAGUAUGAAGGCAACUGAAAGCUACUUUAGGUAUCCCGAUGCAUGGCACUAUGAAAUAUAAUGAAUAUCAUUUGCAUUGGCUUUUUUUGUUUACUGAAUCGAUCUUAUGGAGACAUUUUGAUGUGGAAAACCUUUGAAUAUUUAGCAUAUGUGUUUGACUGAUUCAAGUCCUUAUUAUACAUUUCGGGUAAGCCAUAAGCCCAUAAUCAUAGCAUCUGUUUCUUUCAUGUGUGUUGCUAUGUUAUAUGUUAUAUACUCCGUAUAAUUAAUACUUGUUGUCUGGAGUUCAUCUGUUCAUCAAGAACAAUUAUAUGAUUUAAAGAAUGAAUGCCUUAUAUAGGGAGUGCCAUAGCUAGAUUAUUUUGACAAACUGGCAGCCUGUUUGCACGCUUUCUUCCUCAUUGUAAACCCUAAUUACUUCAGACUUCAAUCUCGUUAAAUCUAUCACACAGACGAUAAACUUUGCGAAGAAAGAUGGCCGGAAAGGGCGAAGGUCCGGCGAUCGGAAUUGAUCUAGGAACAACAUACUCCUGCGUCGGAGUCUGGCAGCAUGACCGCGUGGAGAUCAUCGCGAACGACCAAGGGAACAGGACGACGCCGUCAUAUGUCGCAUUCACUGACAGCGAGCGUCUCAUCGGUGAUGCCGCCAAGAAUCAGGUCGCCAUGAAUCCUACCAACACUGUCUUCGAUGCGAAGAGAUUGAUUGGGAGAAGGUUCACUGAUACAACUGUGCAGAAUGACAUCAAGUUGUGGCCCUUUAAGGUCAUCUCUGGUCCUGGUGAUAAGCCCAUGAUUGUUGUCAACUACAAGGGCGAAGAGAAGCAGUUUGCUGCCGAAGAAAUCUCGUCUAUGGUGCUCAUCAAGAUGAGGGAGAUUGCUGAGGCUUACCUUGGCAACACAGUCAAGAAUGCCGUUGUAACUGUUCCUGCUUACUUCAAUGACUCUCAGCGUCAGGCAACAAAGGAUGCUGGAGUCAUUGCUGGUCUUAAUGUUAUGAGGAUCAUCAAUGAACCCACGGCUGCUGCCAUUGCUUACGGUUUGGACAAGAAGGCAACUAGUAUUGGGGAGAAGAAUGUGUUGAUCUUUGAUCUUGGUGGUGGUACCUUUGAUGUCUCUCUCCUCACAAUCGAGGAGGGUAUUUUUGAGGUGAAGGCCACUGCUGGUGACACCCAUCUUGGUGGUGAGGACUUUGACAACAGAAUGGUCAACCACUUUGUUCAGGAAUUCAAGAGAAAGAACAAGAAAGAUAUCACCGGAAACCCCAGAGCACUCAGGAGGCUGAGAACAUCUUGUGAAAGGGCAAAGAGAACUCUUUCCUCCACUGCCCAGACCACAAUUGAGAUUGACUCUCUCUUUGAGGGUAUUGAUUUCUACUCCACCAUCACCCGUGCCAGAUUUGAGGAGCUGAACAUGGACCUCUUCAGGAAGUGUAUGGAACCCGUCGAGAAGUGUUUGAGAGAUGCCAAGAUGGACAAGAGCUCAGUCCACGAUGUUGUCCUUGUCGGUGGAUCCACCAGAAUUCCCAAGGUUCAGCAAUUGUUGCAAGAUUUCUUCAAUGGCAAGGAGCUCUGCAAGAGCAUCAACCCUGACGAGGCUGUUGCCUAUGGUGCUGCAGUCCAAGCUGCCAUCUUGAGCGGAGAGGGUAAUGAGAAGGUCCAAGACUUGCUUCUCUUGGAUGUCACCCCACUCUCACUUGGUCUGGAAACUGCCGGAGGAGUCAUGACAGUCUUGAUCCCAAGGAACACCACCAUCCCAACCAAGAAGGAACAAGUAUUCUCCACCUACUCCGACAACCAGCCCGGUGUCUUGAUCCAGGUCUAUGAAGGUGAGAGGACUAGGACAAGGGACAACAACCUGCUCGGAAAGUUUGAGCUCUCCGGCAUCCCUCCUGCCCCUAGGGGUGUCCCACAGAUCACCGUCUGCUUUGACAUCGAUGCCAAUGGCAUCUUGAAUGUCUCUGCGGAGGACAAGACCACAGGCCAGAAGAACAAGAUCACCAUCACGAACGACAAGGGAAGGCUCUCCAAGGAGGAGAUUGAGAAGAUGGUGCAGGAGGCUGAGAAGUACAAGUCGGAGGACGAGGAGCACAAGAAGAAGGUGGAGGCGAAGAACGCCCUUGAGAAUUACUCUUACAACAUGAGGAACACCAUCAAGGACGACAAGAUUGGGUCCAAGCUCUCCCCAGCCGACAAGAAGAAGAUUGAGGAUGCCAUUGACGAGGCCAUCCAGUGGCUCGAGGGGAACCAGCUUGCCGAGGCGGAUGAGUUUGAGGACAAGAUGAAGGAGCUGGAAGGCAUCUGCAACCCCAUCAUUGCCAAGAUGUACCAGGGUGCUGGCGGCGGCAUGGGAGAGGGCAUGGAUGAAGAUGGCCCUAUUCCUUCCGGUGGCGGCGCUGGACCCAAGAUUGAGGAGGUCGACUAAGUUUGUUGGUGUUCGCAUGGUCUACUGUGUUUUUACAUGCUCUUUCAAUUCCUCUAGAACAUUUGUGUUUUUAUUAGUGACUCUGUUGUGUUUUUCAAGUUUUGUUAUUUCUUGCGUUGGAUUUUUUUCAAGGUUUUGUUCUUUUUUUUUUAAAUCUGGAUAAUGUAGACAGAUUUUGCGGGGUAUUUAUCAGUACUUUUGGAUAUUUUUUUUGUAUGUGGUCUAAAUGAAUGCAUUAUGCAAUU